CAUCAUGGCGGCGUCCACUCUGAGCGUGCAGUGUGCCUUACGGAGAGCGAUGGUCCCGUCUUUGGUGGUAAUUUUAGGAGCUACCGGCACCGGCAAGUCCAAACUGGCGAUCGAGCUCGGAAAACGGCUUCAGGGAGAAAUAAUCAGCGCCGAUUCCAUGCAGGUGUACCAGGGUCUGGACAUCAUUACCAAUAAGGUGACAGCUGAGGAGCACGCUCAGUGCAGACAUCACAUGAUCAGCUUCGUGGACCCGCUGGUGAGGAGGUACACGGUGGUGGACUUCAGGAACAAAGCCCUGGCGCUAAUCGAUGACAUGCACGGCAGAAACAAGCUGCCGAUCGUCGUUGGAGGGACAAAUUACUACAUCGAGUCUCUGCUGUGGAGAGUCCUGCUGGAUACAGGGCAGGAGAACGAGGAGUCAGGGAACGGAGGGGACGAGUCUCCAGACAGGAAGAGGGAGCUGGAGAAACUGGGAGGAGCUGAGUUACAUAAGCAACUGGCGAAGGUGGACCCCAUAAUGGCUGCCAUGUUGCACCCCAAUGACAAGCGCAAGAUAGCCAGGAGUCUUCAAAUCCACGAGGAGACGGGGAUCCCCCAUAGCCGCUGGCUGGAGGAGCAGAGGGAGCAGGAGGGAGGCAGUGGGCUGGGAGGGCCGCUGAGAUACCCAGAUCCCUGCAUCUUCUGGCUGCAUGCUGACAUGGAGGCUCUGGACAAGCGGCUGGAUGAUCGCGUGGAUGAGAUGUUGUCUGCGGGACUAAUACAGGAGCUCAGAGACUUCCAUAGCCGAUACAAUCAACAGAAAGUCCAGGAAGACAGUCAGGACUAUCAACAUGGGAUUUUCCAGUCGAUCGGUUUUAAGGAGUUUCACGACUACCUGACUGCCCCUGAAAGCAGCACCCAGCAGGAGAGAGACACGCUACGAGACAAAGGUAUCGAAGCUUUGAAGAUCGCUACAAGGCGCUACGCCCGCAAACAGAAUAAAUGGGUCCGAAAUCGCUUCCUUAAACGACCAGGAGACAACGUCCCGUCAGUGUUUGGCCUGGAUGUGACAGACGUGUCGAGGUGGGAGGAGACGGUGCUGAACCCUGCACUGCAGAUACUGGACAGCCUCAGUAAGGGUGAAGAACCAGCUAUUGCUCCAAUCAGAGUGCAGGCGGCGGAGCAGAGAAACAAACGCAGCCACCACACCUGUGACCUGUGUGACAAAGUCAUCAUUGGUGACCUGGAGUGGACAGCUCACCUGAAAUCCAAGAAGCAUCACUAUCAUGUGAGGAAAAAGAGGAAGCUUGAUCCAGCCGGUGACCGGUCCCUGAGUGCCGGUGCACCUCCAGUGUCUGCAGGAGAGACUCUCUCAGAGGACUCUGGUGCUACUGUUGCCCCGGGCUGCACUGAAGCCUCUCAGGAUUCCUCCAAAGACACCAGGACGACACACAAGGAAGUACCUGUGACAUUUUAAAAGCUGGACUACAUCCAUUUUCGUUCACGUUUGUGCACCAACAAAUGGAUGUUUAAUUACAGUCCUCUGUUUCCUCCCAUGGAGCCAAAUGGAAGUAAUAACUCUGAACUGUGCUGAUUGUUGAUACGAACAAAAAAAAACACGUUUGAAAUCCUGCAUAAAUACGUUCAUAAGUGAAUGUUCACAGACAGAAGCGUUGGUCUUGAGGUUUUUGUCGUAGGGAUGUGAACUCUAAAGGACAAAUGAGAUGUUUAAUGGCCUGUGCAGCUGAAGAAUUCUGCAUUUUAAUGUUUUGGGUUUUUCUUUAAUUUACAUUUUAAGAGGUUUAUUUUUCUAUUUCUACAGAUUG